AUGCAAGCCUAUCUAUCCUAUGCCCUAGAUAACUCCUUGGUUGCUGCUAUCUCGACUUCAUAUAACUUCACCCAUACUGGGAAGAUGGGUGGACCUCCUGCAAUGGCAAUGGAGUGGCAAGGUGCGCCUGCAAGCCCAAGUUCAUACACGGUGAAGCGGAUCUUGCGGUUAGAUAGGCAAAGUUGGAGACAAGUCGCAGGACUACAUCAAGAGGCAGCAAUUGCGAGGCUUGCAUUGCUGAACUCAAACUUGAGAGAAGAGAGUCCAGGGCCUAGUGGGAGUGUCUCUCCUUUCAAUUCCAAUGCGAUGAAACGCCCAAAAACUGGACGCUGA